AAAAUCUAUAGGAAUAUUCUACACUCUAUUGAUAUUCGCUGUCGCCUGGCACUGUUCCACAUACUCAGAUUUCCACAACAGAUAAUCUCCCCCUGAAAGUUUAUCUCCUAAACCCCAGCAGAGUCUAGUCAAGUUUUCAGAUGACUUUGGAAACCCAAAUGUUUCAGAAUGUACAUCCUGGAAGCCAAAGGCUGCUGCAACCACUGACAAUUUUGCUGUUGUUUGCUUUCGCAGACAGACAAACUGCAUGUUUCCAGAAGGCUGUGGUGAAACUUGAGCCCCCGUGGGUCCAGGUGCUCAAGGAAGACAGCAUGACACUGAAGUGCGAAGGGGCCCACAAUCUGGGGAACUACUCCUACUCCACCCAGUGGUUCCACAAUGGGAGCCGCAUCCCGGGCCAGGCCCAGUCCAGCUACAGGUUUAAAGCCACAAUGAAUGACAGUGGAGAAUACCAGUGCCAGAUGAACCAGACCAGCCUCAGUGACCCUGUACAUCUGGGAGUGAUUUCCGACUGGCUGCUGCUGCAGACCUCUCAACUGGUAUUCCAGGAAGGGGAAACAUUCACGUUGAAGUGCCACAGUUGGAAGAGCCAAGCCCUGAACAAAAUCACAUUUUUCCAGAAUGGAAACCCCGUGAGGUUUUCUAAUAAGAAUAGCUGGCUAAUCUCAAAAGCAAACCACAAUCACAGUGGUGAUUACUACUGCAAAGCCUUUUUAGGAAAGAAUCGACACACAUCGAAGUCUGUGACCAUCACUGUCCAAGGUCCAGUAAUUCCACCCAGCUCUCUACUUUGGUACCACGUUGCUUUCUGCCUGAUGAUCUGUCUCGUAUUUGCAGUGGACACAGGACUGUAUUUCUAUGUACGGAGAAACCUUCCAAGUUCAGUGGAGGACUGGAGGAAUUGCAAAGUCAGAAGGUGUCAGAGUUCUCAGUACAAGUAACAUCUCAUCCUAUGGCAAAACAGCAGUGGUAGCAGUAUCUGUUUCAACCACACUCCACACUCCUGCUUUUCACCUAGCCUUUCUUUGAGAGCAACUUGGAGCCAGGCCUGGCAUUAUGGUCUUGUAAUUAUAGUUACUCAGGAAGCUGAGGCAGGAGGAUCACCAGUUCAUGGGCUACUGAAUGAAUUAAAUUCUAACCUAUAUAACUUAGAUCCUUUUUCAAGAAAAAGAGGGCUAGCAAGAAGGUGGCGAGAUAGCUCAGCCAGAAAAGGGGCCUGCCACUAAACCUGGCAACUUGAAUUUGAUUUCUGGGACCCAGUAAAGAGAACUAACUCCCAAAAGUAAUCUUCUGACCCACACACCCGCCAUGGCAGAUGCUUGCCCCUGUACAUGCACACAAAAUAAGUAAAUAAAAAUAUUUAAAAA